UACCGAUAUGGCAUGUGGUAUUCUAUAAUGACUGGGCAAUGGCGGCAAUGGCAAACUGCUGAUUGCCGUCAAUCGCCACCAGCUGCCAGGGCCGGAGUUAGAAAUAGAUAAUCAAAGUAAUCUGCGGGAAAAAGAGCUAGUUAAACGAUAGGCCACAUAAGUGUUCCUGUCAACGGAGUUCACCUAAUUUUUUUGAACUGUCAAAUUUGCAACUUCGGUAAAUUAAGUACUGUGGUGGCGGUUAUAUUUUAGACGAAGAAUACGGUGUUGUAAAUAGUGUUAAAGAAAGUUCUGUUAAAAGACACGCAUUUUUUAAGUUUUUGAGUUAAUGUCGAAGAGUAAUAUGGCAGAUACAUUUUCCACCGUUGUUGUUCGUCCGGAUUUUAAUCCUGAAAAAUAUGUGAAUGAAUUAACUCGGAAAUGCAUUGGUGGUCAAGAACUUCAGCAACAGAGACAGAAAAUCCAAAGCCUUGCAGAUGAAACAAGUGUUCUAUUGAAGAAAAAUGUGUACCAAAACUAUAUGCAGUUUAUUGAAACAGCAAAAGAGAUAUCACAUUUGGAAAGUGAAAUGUAUGAGUUAUCUCGAUUGUUGAACGAACAAAAUUCUUUACUUUCUUCAUUGACAACUAUGUCUCUUCUUGGUGAUAAAAUUCCUAGUACAGUAGAAUCAGAAGAAGCUGUUGAUGCAAAUCAAGUUGAUGAAGAAAAAGAGGAGGAAGAGAGAAGAAGAAAACUAGCUGCAGUUCUUGAGAAAGUAGAGGGUGCAAUGGCCAUUCUAGAAGUACCGGGAAGAGUUCUUUUGCAUGAAGGCACAUUAAUGGAACUGGAUCCCAUGGACAAUAAACCAAUUCAUCAAAUACAAGCUUAUUUACUUAAUGAUGUUCUUAUGUUGGCUACAUGGAUUCAAAAUAGUCGAGGACCAGUGAGGUAUAAAUUUCAGACUACUUACGAAUUGGGCAGUUUGGCUGUUGUAAAUGUAAGAGAUCUUGGAGGACUUGGGGAUAGUCUGUUCAAGUUAUUGGCCUUUCCUGACACUAGAGUGUUUCGUUGCAGCAGCGCCAAAUUGAAGCGAGAAUGGCUUGACAAAUGUGAUCAUGCAAAGAAAUCACGACUUGCACAAGAACAACAGAAGCGAGAUAAUACUGCUACAGCAGAUCGCUCUCCUUCUAAACUAGCCAAGUCAGAAUCUCUUGAUUCGCCAAGCAACCCAUUUGAAGAUCAUAAUGAUGGGCCUGCAGAACCAGAGCUUCCUGAAUGGCUGGUUGAAAUGCCUGAAGAUUUAGAUGUGUGUAUUGCUCAAAGGCAUUUUGAAGAUGCAUAUAAUUUAAUUGAGAGAGCCAGAGACUUUGUAGACAAAAAUUGCCCUAAUCAUAUGAGUGAUCCUGUUAUAGAAGAAAUUCGGCGCAAAUUAGAUGCUAGAGUCAAAUCACUUAUUGAAGUCUUAAUGAAAGAAUUAGAAGUUUCUCCUGAUAAAUCUUUACAAGGUGGAUUACGAGCUGCCAGGAGGGCUGUUCGGCUACUGAAUCAGUUGGGUCGAUCUACUCAGGCAUGUGAUUUGUUCUUGAAGUUGUGCACAAGUAUUUUGAAAGUUCAGUUGAAACGAGUAAAAAGAGAAGGUGCUACAGUUUUGUAUGUUAGACAGUUAGGUGGAAUAUUUUUUUCUAAUUUAACUGAUAUGGCUCGUGAAUUCUUGAGAGCCUUUCCCAAUUCACCCAGUUGUGCCUCAGCUUUUGUUGGGUGGGCUGGUUCAGAAUUGACUCACUUAACAUCACAUUUAAUCAAACAAGUCUUUAUGCCUCAAUCAUCAAUAUCUACCCUCGCAGAAUGUGUGACAUGUGUACGUGAUCAAUGUGACCAGCUCUGUGAAUUGGGUAUUGACUUACGCUACCAGUUGGAUGGACAGCUAAGAACACCACUCAUCCGAGCUCUGAGGGAUUCCAGAGAAAAACUUGUUGAUGCUGUAAAACUGCGUGGUGCUGAAGAUAAAUGGCAUCCUCUCAAUCUUCAAAAUAAAGCUGGUUUAACGAAAUUUAUACAAGAAAUGAGUGACAUUGGCAUUGCCAGUAUUCAUACAUAUGUAACAGGAGAAUGCUGGAUUAAUCUUACAAGCAACACUGUUGCUUUUUGUAAACUGUAUUUAGCUCUUGUAGAGGAUUGUUUGUGUUUGGCUACAGCUGAGUUGCUGUAUACUAUUGAUGAAGUUUUAGGUGAUGUUUUUCAUGCACAACUGAAACAUGUUGAGGCAUCUCUCAAGAAUGACAAGCUUCGAUCAGAGAGUAAGUUCAUUCAAAAGAAUGCAGUAUUUUUGUUGGAUACCCUUUUGACAAUAGUAGAACACUGCUAUGAAGAAAAACUAGGUCACAAAUGCACACGUCUAUCUUCACUGCAAGAGGAGUAUGCUUGGAUUAAGAAAGAAGGACCAAAACAACUGAUAAACAGUUCCAAGCCAAUAACCAAAUACUCCAGCUCAGAAUACCUGUAGAAUACCUUUUUUGAAGCAGUAUCAUAAAAAGACACCCUCAAAUAAAAAUGUAGAAUCUGUUUAAACUUCCUCUGAAAAAAGAAAAGUUUGUUUCUCAUUGUUAAGAAGUUGAACAUUUGUUUUCAUCUUUUGUUGUAUUCUCUCCAGAUGGGUCUUGAAGCCUUUAAAUUAAGACAAAAAUUUGUACAUAGGUUGUCAUUCUUCAUGAGGUGCUAUUUGAAUUGUGUAGCAGGAAUAUGUGGUAGUAUUGGAAUGCCAAAAAAAAAAACCUCUCAUGGAAAGCUUACCUAGUAGUACUUAGUUCACAGUAUACGCAAAUGUAAAAUGCAUGAAUGACCCACAUUGAAUGCUUUCUUGUUUAUACUUCGGUUUUCUCCUGAAUAAAUAUGAAAUGGCAUUUCAACAAAAAAGCAUACAAUUUUAAUCCUUCAAUUCAUCCUUCAUUCUUGUAAAUAUUGUACAUAAUUAGUAUUCUUAUGAGGUUUAUAUUCUGUUAAUAAAUAUAUAUGUUGAAAUUACUUGGGCACUUGUUUUUGUGCAAUGAUUUAUCCUCUUUCACGUUAACAGUUUAGAGAAAUAAUAUUCCUUGCUCUAUGGUUAUAGGACCUAUUUACAGAAUUCCUUCUUACCCAAAUCAUUUUACUUCAGCUUACUACAUACAUAGUAAAGAGCAAAUGUAAUGCAGUAGUGGAAAUCUAUAAUUUUUCUACCAAAAACUCAUUAUUGGGCCCUUGAACGAAAAAGCAGACUCAUCUUGUUCCUAUUUACUAGUAGUAAAUUACUUCCAACAUGUAGAAUUCUUGGUACUGAAGAACCUAUUGAUGACAAAACAUUUACCGGUCAAUGCUAGUACCAUAACAGAUCUUAUGAUUUACCCAAUCCAUCUCAACAAACUCAAAUAUUUGAAAUGAAUAUUUUGAUUUUUGGAAUACAUUACUUGAAGCCUCAACAUUUUAAAAAUUUUGUCAAAAAUUGUUUCAAUUUUGUUUUUAUUCAUCUUCAUCCUUGGAGAGCAUAAACGCUUACAAAAUGGCGCUAGUCUUGCUUUUCUUUAAAUUUCUAAAUUUUCAAAACUUCAAAAUUUUAUCCAAGACUUCCUCCAACAACUACAAUGUUGAAGACUGAGAUUCUUUUCCUUAAUAAAAUCUGUUGUUUAAAGAUAUUUUAUUUAAAAAUAUAUCUUCUUUCCAUUUUUUUCCUUGUAUAAUGACAGAACAAUAAAGAAAUCUGUGAUGGUCCCUAUUUUGAUGAACUCUUAUUUUCAAAAACUGCAGAAAAUUAACGUUGCAAAAAACUUUAUAGACAACAGGAAUUUUUUUCUUAAAUAAAAUGUCUUCUAAAAAAUUUGAUGUUUACAAAAAGUAAUGUACAAUUCUCUGGGGGAAAAAUGUUUUCUUGUAAUUUCUGCUUGAAAUUAUUUAAAAAAUUUCUCCACAAAAAUGGUGCAAGUCUAGCAUUUGCUGAACUCUGAAUUUUGGAAUAUUGCAAAAGAUGGAAAUAAUGCAAUGAUGUAUAUGCUGUUGCAGCACAAUUAAUUUACUACCUCUUCUAGUACUUCCUGACAAAAUAUUGUUAUGCUGUAGAAAAAAUGCUGAUUAUUUUAUAAUUGUAAAUCUUCAUUCUAUGGAAGCAAAAUGAAUGUUAAAAUAAAUUUAAUAAUGAAUGAUAGCAAUUACUCUUCCAUGAGAAAAUAGAUUUCAGUAUUGCAAUGCAUACCUGAAACUUGGUAAAAUUGUAACCUUUUUAUCUAAACUAAUAAAGUAAAUUAAAAAUUGGAUUGUUCCUUUGAAAUGUUAAGUUUCUUAUAAACAAUUUAAUGAGGUAGAACUUGGAAAUACAUGUUAUUCUCAAGCUAAAUUUAAUAUAUUUUAUUGCUUCCUGCAUGAUUAUUUAUAGCUUGAUAUGACGAUUUCAAACUGAUUUAUGACUUUAUUUACUUUGCAUAGAUGUUUAAUAAAUGUACGUUGUUGCAUACAUGUUUUAGUUUGUUUAAAUUGUUUUUUAAUUGAAACUAAAUUUUCAGACCUCAAAGGUAAUAUCCUCCAAACUGAAAUUAGUUGCAUCAUUCUUGAGUAUAGAUGAAAGAAUCAGAUAUAUAGAUUAUCAGCUUCAAAAUGGGUAUACCAUUUUUGAUUUAUGAUUGUACUGAAGGAACCCAACUUGUUCUUAAAUUAAGAGAAAUCAGUUAUGUGCUUGGAGUAACCAGUUCAAAGAGAACCUUGUUCCCUGAGGCAAAGCAAAGAUUUUAUUGUUAUAUUGCAAAAUGAGAAUUGAAUAAAACUUUAUUUAUGGCAGAAACACUAUUUUCUUUUUGCGAUAAGAAUAAAUAUAAACAAUAUUGUCAUGAGACAAGUCUCGUAAUACAAUUAUUUCAACAUUAUUUACAUAUUGGCAUUAAACAUUUGUUUGUGUUCAUUUGCAUUUAAACAAUAAUUGGUCAAGUUUAUUCUGAAACAUUCAAAGAAUGAAACUGAAAAUGUUAAUUACACAGAACAACAAACUUUCGAAAUAAAUUUUGUCAUUUGUAUGUCAUGAUUUAAAAUUUAAAAAAUUAACAAAUAAAUAAAUGAAAAGUGAAUUCUAUAACAAUAUUUUCUGUUAUAGAACAAAACAACUGAAAUCUGCUGAAAUGUAACUUGAGUGAAAAGAGUAGGUAGGCAAUUUUCAAGAAGUACAUGAUACUGUUUUUAUCAUUGAUUUUUUCUAAAAGGAACAGAAAGACUUAAUUUUUUUGGACUUACAAAAUACAUUACCAUUUGGAAAACAAAACUAUUUCAUCAAUGUGACAAAACGCAAAGCAUAAGUGUAAAACAUAGUAUACAAGUCUUACAAGGGAAGCUAGCUUUACACAAGAAAACAACUUUGAGAAAUGUUGCCAUACACUAAUUCUUGAAACAAAGAAUAGUUGUUUGAAUAGUUAUAAAGUUGAAUUUCAUGAUGAUUUACAUUGAGGAAAAUAACUAUUUUAAAGAACAUCCAAAUUUGACUUGAAGAGAACAAACUGUCCUUAACGGUAGACACUUAUCUACGGGAAGAAUUCUCCUAAUUGGCUCCAACUUGGAAUCUCACCAUUGCCCACUUUCGUAAAAUAGGUUCAAUAUUUUAUUCCCUAGGAAUAUAAAGUUAUAAAUAAUUUUCACCUUCAGUCUCAAGUAACUAAUAAUUCUUCGUUAAGAAUCAUGG